UGAGCUGUUGUGGUUGGAUUUGGGAGAGAUUUGAAGAGUGAGAAGAACAAGGGAGAGAAAGAGGUAAUAGAAAAAUUAGAGAGAGAGAGUAGUAGUGGAUUUUCAUUCAUACCGCUCCACUUUACCAUUUUCUUUUGAGCUCCUCGUCCCUCAUUGAAGAGAAAUUAAAUCUCUUUCUCAGGAUAAGUAAGGUGGGUUGCUCAAAUAAAGUUAGAGAUUAAAGAGAAAAAGUUAAGGAUCGAAAGAAAAAGCUCAACAAAUGUUUAAUUGUUUCUUUAUGUUACCACCUGACUAUGCUUGGUGUACUCUCUCUAUUGUCUUUUCUGCUAUAGUUGGGAGUUAGUAAGGAAGUAGUUCAUCUACUCCCUUGUGUUUUCUUGAAAGCUUUUACUUCCUCUUCUCCUCUUUGUCUAUUUAUUCGUUAUGUAUUCUUUCUCUAAAACAUUUGAAUACAAUCACAAAGUGUUAAAAGAAAAACUCUCUGGCUUUCCAUCUUCUUGAAUAUUCAAACUCAAACUUAGUAUCAGAGCAUCAAUAUGGCUUACCCAAAUCCUAAACCCAAUCCCACAGAUGUUCCUGUCCAUGUUACCAAGCCCCAGGGAGUCAUAGAAGUGCGAUCUGGUACUAUCCCAGUUGGAAACCCACUCUUUGCAACCUUAUUGAAUCAAGCCUCAUAAGCUUGAGGGACACCACACUGGAAAAAGCCCAGCACCAGAAAUAUCCAUUGUUAUUUCUCCAACUGAAGAGGAACCUGAAGGCCUUCUGCUACCAAAUCCGGAAUAUGAUGUAUGGGAUGCUGCAAAUCAACUACUUGUUGGAUGGCUCUACAACUCAAUGACCCCAGAGGUUGCAUCCCAAGUCACAAAUUGUAACAUUGCUCAAGAACUUUGGACCGCCCUUCAGGACUUCUAUCGUGUUCAAGCCACCUCUCAAAAAGAUUUUAUCAAGAGCACGAUGCAAAAAACUCGAAAAGGGGGUAUGAAAAUGGCCUAUUAUCUAAGUUUAAUGAAAGGUUAUGCUGAUAGUUUGCAUUUGGCAGGUUAUCCAACGGAAAUGAAAGACCUCAUCUCUUGUGUCAUAGCUGGACUUAGAAGUACACGCCCAUUGUGGUUGUUAUAAAAAACAUGAAGCUGAAUUGGAAUGAAGUCCAAUCUCAACUGCUCACUUUCGAGAUGCAUCAGGCACAAUUUCAAGCCUUAAAAAAUGUGGUUCCAUCACUCAACCCUCUGCUAAUAUUGCUACUAAUAGCACACCAAUAAACAGCCUCACUCACAGACCAAGAACCACAAUAGCAACUUCAACAAGGGCUAUAGAGGAUUUGGCAAGGGGAGAAACUUUGGAAACUCUAAACCAAUCUUUCAGGUACGGUGUCUGGUAAGGUUGGUCAUACUGCAGCAGUUUGCUACUUCCGUUUUAAGAGAAAUUUUCAUCCUAAUCAGAAUUUCAGCAAGGGGGAAGUUCUUCCUAUUCAAAACAACAUUCUGGCAAUUCUUCAGCUAUGCUUGCUACUCCAGAAACUCUUCAUGACAAUGCUUGGUAUUUAGACAAUGGUGCUAGCAGUCAUUUGACAUCAGAUAUUGGCAAUCUAUCCAUCAAGACUGAUAUACAGGACAAGGUCACGGGGAAGGUUCUUCUGGAAGGAAUGCUUAAGGAUGGACUGUACCAGAUUCCUCAAUUCAAAGCCUCAUCUCAUGCUUUUGGUCAAGAAUAUCCAUGGAAACGGUUUGUUUUUGUUGCUUUUGUUUCUACGAUGACAAAGAAAAAUCAGGAUGAUGUGUUGUUAGUUACAUCUCCUGUUAGUCAUCACAUUUUGUAUCGCUUUAAGAAUGUAUGACUUAGUAGGCUUGGACAUCUGUCUCCUAGAAUUUUGAAUCAUAUCUUGACCUCUUGUAAUCUGAAAAACAGAAUAAAUGAGAAAUUAUCCUUUUGUGAAGCUA